AUGGAGGCCUACGUUGGUGCCGCGCCCGCGGCCGGCGUGUUCGCGGGCUACGGCACCGCAGCCACGCGCCCCUUCAUCCUCCGCCUUCGCCGCCGCCGCCGCGUCGGCGGCGGCGGGUCUCCGCGUUCCAGCGCCGGGCGAGUGCGCCUCGUCCGGGCGCCGCCGCCGCGCGCCGCCGGGGACGCGGGGGACCUGCCCCCGCUCGACAAGUGGGACAUUAUGGAGCUGGAUUUCGGCAGGUUCCUCGGGGAGGACCCCAAGCUUACCCUCGCGAAGAUUCUUCUUAAGAAGUCAGAUCCGGAUGCCUCAUCCCUCGAUGUAGAGAAACUAAUUGCCACAAAAAAGGACAAGCUAGAUGAUAUUCUGAGGGAGUGCAUGGAAGCUAAUAAGAAGGACCAGGGUUUCAACACAUCAGAAAGUGGAUCCCCUUUGAAUACGACACGUCCGACAACAAGCAAGCCGACUGAAAGCAAAAGUUCUUUGAAUAUUUCCAGGCCUGUUAUGGGCAAACCUAUCCAAGACGGGCCUCCAUUGACUUUACUUCGACCAGCAGGAAGCAAACCGAAGAAAGAUGAACCUUCUCUGGCUCCGUUGCGACCAGUUGGAAGCAAAGCAAAUGAAGAUACACCUUCAUUAAUUUUGUCGCGGCCAAUUGGGAGCAAACCAAAGGUAUGGGGCACUCCGAUACAGGAUAGUUGGCCCAGUAAAGAGAGUUUAGCUGCUGCAACAGAGCUCAGUGAGGUGGGGAGCAUCUCAAGAACAAGCGAGGUGGAUGUCACCUUGCGGAAACCCACCGUGUAUCAGAGUGAGGAUGAUGAUUUGAAGUCGAAGCUUAAAAUCAAGCCAAAUAUUAACCUGAAAAUGAGGAAAGAUAUGAACGAGGACUUAAUGAACAUUUCUCUCCUUCAAAAGCCAGAUGUUGCAAAAGACACUUCUAAUCCAGAGCAGGACAAUGCCUCUGCUAGCCCUGCCACAGUUUCUGCUAUAGAGGAUAACAGCGAACUUGAGCCAGAAUCAAAUGGUCUUGAUGAAAAAUUAGUAACUGAAAAUGUUCAUGAAUCAUCUGGGCUUGAUGACGAUUCUACUGCAGGACUACAGCCAUCAGGUCAAACUUUCAUUCAAGAAACAAGUACUUCUGCUGGACCAGUGGAUAACCAAUCAGCUACCAGCAACAAUUUCUCUAUGCAGGCUUUCUUGCAAGGAAAACCUAAAAGAGAAAACCAAUCUGCUGAAAUAUUGCCAUCUGAAGUAGAUGAAAAGAUGAAUGCUACUGAUAAUAAAAAUUAUGUUGAUGAUGGGGGAAAUGUCUUACCAUCAAAACUGGAGGACAUCACAGAGAGUGACUGGACAAGGUUAGAGCAUUACUCAAGUACUGGAGAAAAGGUUGAGGUGGAGCUGAUAAAUUGCAGUGCAAAGGGAUUUGUUGUGUCACUUGACUCACUGAUAGGUUUCUUACCAUACCGUAAUCUUGCUACAAAGUGGAAAUUCUUAGCCUUUGAGACUUGGUUAAGAAGGAAGGGUGGCGAUCCUUCCUUGUAUAAGCAGAGUUUGGGAUUAGAUGAUAAUUUUGAGGUUAAUGACAUGAACAUAGAACCAGAAUCUAGCUCAGUUUCCAAAAUAGCUGGUGAGGAUCAAGAAUCUGUGUCAUCUAAGCCGAAGUUUGAAGAUCUUAUUCGAGCAUACAACCAAGAAAAAUCCAAGUUUUUAUCAUCAUUUAUUGGUCAAAGACUCCGAGUAUCAGUUGUCCUGGCUGACAGAAACUCCAAGCGGAUAUUUUUCUCUAUGAAGCCAAAAGAGAGUGAAGAAUUUAUCCAGAAAAAGAAAAACCUGAUGGCUAGGCUCAACGUAGGAGAUAUUGUUCAGUGCACUAUCAAGAGAUUUGUUUACUUCGGGAUAUUUGUUGAGGUUGAAGGUGUUCCUGCAUUGAUUCAGCAGUGGGAAGUGUCAUGGGAUGACACCUUAGAUCCAGCAGUUUCUUACAAAAUUGGUCAGGUUGUGGAUGCUAAAGUUAUUCAACUGGACUACAAUAAUAGCCGUAUAUUUUUGUCACUUAAAGAUGUAAAGCCAAAUCCAUCCAUAGGUGCUUUGGAAGCAGUAAUUGGUGAGGAUUUAUCACUUGGUGGAGCUCUUGAACCUGUGCAGGCAGAUUUCGAGUGGCCUGAGGUAGAUGCCCUUAUGGAAGAGAUGCGGAAAAUAGAGGGUGUAAGAGAUGUUUAUAAAGGACUAUUCUUCCAAAGCCCAGGGUUAGCUCCUACGUUUCAGGUUUACAUGGCACCUGUGGUUGGUCCGAAAUACAAACUCCUGGCACGGUAUGGAAACAAUGUUCAAGAGGUGAUGGUGGAGACAACACUUGGGAAAGAAGAGUUGAAAGAGGCAAUUUUGAUGUGCACUAAUAGGGUUAGCUGA